AUGAGCGCGCGCGCCUCUCCCUCCGCGAGCGAGCCCCCGCGCGACGCCUCCGCGACCCGCCUUCGGCCCGUCCGCGAGUCGGUCGCCUACGACGCGCCCGGCUGCUACCGCAAUGUCGACGACGUCCAUACCGCCGUGCCCGAGGCCGACCCCGAGUCCGGGUACAUGAGGCGGAUCACCUCGGAGGAGUGCCACGAGUGCGAAGGCGAUGACGCGAAUUCGCCGCCAGCUCGACGGCGCAGCUCCGACCGCCAACUCGCACGCAAGACCAGCUCGGCCAGCAGCCGCCGGCUGAAGCGGCGGGCCAGCGUCGUCGACGAGGACCGCUACACGGCGCCCGACUGUUGGGCCAACCUCGACGAGCUCGCCGCUGCGUCGCCCGUGCAGAAUGUCACCGACGGACCCAUAUACCGACAUCACAGCCUGGAAGAGACGCGCAGUCGCGACCAAGAGUAUCGCCGGAGCCACUCUUCCCGCAGGCAACACGAGGGUACUUCGCCGCCCGAGCUGCCCGACGAAAAGAACCGGAAACGAAGACGUAUAUCCUCGCUCGCGACCCAGCUAUAUACCCUCUCAUACCUCGUCUUCUUCUCUCUGCUCGGCACCCUCGCGCGAGUCGGCCUCACCGCCCUGACGCACUACCCCGACACGCCCGUCAUCUUCACCACCAUCUGGGCCAACUUUGGCGGCAGCCUCAUCAUGGGCUUCCUUGGCGAGGACCGCAUGCUGUUCCGCUACGAAUGGGGCACCCCGGCGUAUGAUCAGGUGCUCGAGCGGGCAAAACGCGAAGACGAGGAGAGUGCCGGCGCAUCGGGCGGAUCGGGGGGUGCCAAUGGUGUCGCAAAGGAUGCCGUGGUGGAUCUUGCGGCGGCAAAGAAGGCGCAUCUUGCCACAAAGAAGACGAUCCCCCUCUACAUAGGCCUGGCUACGGGCUUCUGCGGCAGCUUCACGAGCUUUUCGACUUUUAUUCGCGACGUGUUCCUGGCCAUGUCCAACGACAUGGUGGCGCCUGGAUUCGGCACGCAGGCUGUGAGUCGUAACGGCGGGUACUCCUUCAUGGCGAUGCUAGCCGUCAUAAUCACAACGGUCUGCCUCUCGCUGGGUGGCCUUUUUGUCGGAGCACACAUCGCCAUCGCGUCAGAGCGCUUCAUCCCGUCGAUACCGUUCCCAGUCACGCGCCGCAUCUUCGAUCCGCUGGCCGUGUUCCUCGGCUGGGGGUGCUGGCUCGGCGCCGUGCUGCUGUCCAUAUUCCCGCCUCACGACAACUGGCGCGGGCGGGCGACCUUUGCGCUCGUCUUCGCGCCGCUGGGCUGCCUGCUGCGCUUUUACCUCUCGCUGUGGCUCAACGGACGGUUCGCGUGCUUCCCGCUGGGGACCUUCACCGCAAACGUCUUCGGCACGGCGGUGCUGGGCAUGGCCUGGGACCUUGCCAAUGUCCCUGUCGGCGGGCUUGUCGGGUGCCAGGUGCUGCAGGGCGUCGAGGACGGCUUCUGCGGCUGUCUGACGACGGUGUCGACGUGGGUAGCCGAGCUGAGCAGUCUGCGGAGGAGGAACGCAUACGUGUAUGGGACGGCAAGCGUGGUGGCGGCGUUUGCUGUCAUGGUGGUGGUGAUGGGCGGGCUGCGGUGGACGGACGGCUUCGCGGCGCUCAACUGCCACUGA